ACGGGUCGCGUUUCGCCGCUACAUCCGCUUGCCGGAAGAGGCGUCUGUUCUCAUUCAGGCUGCGAAGUCCGAACGGUCGCGGCAGCCACAAAAGAGGCUAGGCCGAAGCCGCCGGGAUGGAGGACAGUGAGUGGCGCAGCAACAACUUCAGGCAGAAGCUGGUCAGCCAGAUUGAAGAAGCAAUGAGAAAAGCUGGAGUUGCUCAUAAUAAAACCAGUAAAGAAAUGGAGAACCAUGUUUACAUGAAGGCCAAAUCACGGGAGGAAUAUCUUUCCCUCGUGGCGAGGCUCAUUAUCCAUUUUCGGGAUAUUCAUAACAAGAAGACCCAGACCUCUGAUCCUAUGCAUGCACUACAGAAUCUAACUGGUGGGCCACCUACAGGAACUGCAGCCAUGGGAAUGACUUCACGCCCUCAGGGAGCACCCAUGGGUGGCAUGAGUGGACUUGGUCCAAUGGGACAACAAAUAAGCCUCCCAGGGCAGCAGCAGCAGCAGCAGCCUCCCGGAACAGCUGGGAUAGCUACACAUGGUAUUCCAGGCAUCCCUACAGCUACACAACCAACUCAGCUUCAGCUCCAGCAGAUGGCACAGCAGCAGUUCCCGGUCCAGCAGCAGCAGCAGCAACAGCAGCAACAGCAGCAACAGCAGCAGCAGGCGGCUUUACAGCAGCAGCAGCAGCAGCAGUUCCAGGCUCAGCAGACAGCAUUCCAACAGCAGUUUCAGGCUCAGCAGCAGGCUGCAGCAGUGGCACAGCAGCAACAAAUGCAAGCAGUCCAGCAGCAGCACUUGCUGAAAAUACAGUUGCAACAGCAAAGCCAACAGCAGAUGCAGCAGCAGCAGCAUCAACUACAGCGAAUUGCUCAAAUGCAGUUACACCAGCAGGCAGCUCAGGCUAUCCAGGCCCAGCAGCAGCAGCAGCAGCAGCAACAACAGCAGCAGCAGCAGCAGCAGCAGCAGCAACAGUCUCCCUUGACACAGCAGGCAAUGCAGCAGCAGAUGCAACAAAUGCAGCAGCAACAGCAGCCACAAGUGUCACAAGCUCAGCUGUCUCAGCUUCCACCACAGCCAAUGGUGUCUCAGGCACAGACAGUCCCAGGGCAAAUUUCUAGUCAGGUCAUGCCUCUAACAUUAACGCCCCAGCAGUUAAAAGUCAUACAGGUAAGAACUCUGCAGCAGCAGCACCAACAGCAGCAGCAGCAACAGCAACAGCAGGCAGCUGCACAAGCACAGGCACAGGCACAGGCUGCCCAAAUGGGAGCAUCAGGACAGAUGAUCACCGCAACUAUGGCUCGAGGUGGGAUGCAAAUAAGACCACGGUUCCCGCCCACCACCGCUGUAUCUGCCACGCCUCCGAGCACCAUUCCUUUGGGUGGACAGCAAAUGCCUCAGGUCAGCCAAAGUAGCAUCACCAUGAUGUCUUCUCCUUCACCAGUCCAGCAGGCCCAGCCAUCUCAGCCUAUGCUUCCACCACCUCAGCCACAGCCCUCCCCGCAGCCAGGACAGCCAACUUCUCAGCCCAAUUCCAAUGUCAGCUCCGGUCCAGCCCCAUCUCCCAGCAGCUUCCUCCCCAGUCCUUCUCCACAGCCUUCCCAGAGUCCAGCAGCUGCCCGAACGCCACAAAACUUCAGCGUCCCUUCUCCUCUCAAUACACCAGGCAAUCCCAACUCAGUCAUGAGUCCAGCCAGUUCAGGCCAGUCAGAGGAGCAGCAGUACCUGGAAAAACUCAAGCAGCUCUCUAAAUAUAUUGAGCCUCUCCGGAGGAUGAUCAACAAAAUAGAUAAGAAUGAAGACAGGAAGAAGGACCUGAGUAAAAUGAAAAGCCUCCUGGAUAUUCUGACUGAUCCUUCCAAACGCUGUCCUCUGAAGACUUUGCAAAAGUGUGAAAUUGCUCUGGAGAAGCUCAAGGAUGACAUGUCUAUGCCUACCCCCCCACCCCCUGUAGUGCCUCCCACCAAACAGCAGUACCUGUGCCAGCCCCUGCUUGAUGCAGUGCUGGCAAAUAUCCGUUCUCCUGUAUUCAAUCAUUCCCUCUACCGGACCUUCAUGCCAGCUAUGACAGCUAUCCAUGGUCCACCUAUCACGGUUCCAAUAACUUCCCCUCGGAAGCGAAAGUAUGAAGAGGAUGAAAGACAAACCAUACCAAACGUAUUGCAAGGAGAAGUUGCUAGACUGAACCCCAAGUUCUUGGUAAACCUGGAUCCCUCCCACUGCAGCAAUAAUGGCACAGUCCACCUUAUAUGCAAGCUGGAUGACAAGAACCUUCCGAAUGUCCCACCGCUGCAGCUCAGCGUUCCUGCUGAUUAUCCAGAUCAGAGCCCCCUUUGGAUUGAUAACCCUCAACAAUAUGAAGCAAACCCCUUCUUGCAGUCAGUGUAUCGCUACAUGAUGUCCAAAUUGCUGCAGCUUCCUGAUAAGCACUCGGUCACAGCACUCCUCAACACCUGGGCACAGAGCAUCCGCCAGGCCUGCCUGUCUGCUGCCUAAUGUCAUCUCCCCUUGCCGGACCAGAGCUGGAAGAACCACAGAAGCAGAAGCCUUAAUUCAUAUUGGUUUGCUAGGAGCCAGGCUUCAUAAAGAGGGUCUGGCGUUAGGUUUAGCUCUUGUGCUCCUUGCCAGCAGCCGGAUUCAUAUGAUGGAUUUGUCAAGGGUCUCAAGAUGGACAUGUCGGGAUUUUUUUUUUUAAGCAUCUUCUUAGAGAAGAAUAUGUAUAGACUUCUGUCAUGGAGUCUUACUGCUACAGGAAAAGGGACAAUGUCCUUCAGCCUUCGUCCAGUGCCAGAUGUUAUGUUACAUGUGUUUGGAUGCCAUCCUCACCUGAGGUACCCUGCAAAUGGGGAAAGACCUUUGAACUGUUGCUGUUCAGACAUGUGAUUAAGGAAGCAGGUAAGCUUUCCCUGUUCUGCACAGCUCGGGUUGCGGCUGAAAGUGUUACUGGUCACCUUGGGAUUUAGCAUGGCACUAUGACUUGCCUAUGGAUGCUUAGGGUGAGACAGAGGCAGCUUCACUAAGCACUGAGUUUGCUUUCUCCUGCCUGUUGCUAGUUUUUUGUGGAAUUUCAGUCUUAGAAGUAUUCCUGUUUUCAUGUGCUUCUGCCAUUACCAUUGCAGAAGUCUCUGGAAACUGACUGAUUCUCUCUGAAACUGGAAUAGCUUGCGGUGUCAAUUUGAGAUGUUUUUUAAAAAUGUAUUUAGAAAGCACUGAUUACAAUACAAAUGUCAAUAUUACAUACCUUGAACUACAGCCUUUGUUUUACUGUAAUAAAUGUAUUAUCCCCAUGUUGAA